AUGACAAAGUGCCUCGCCUCCUUGGCGGGUUGUCCACAAUGGAAUCUUGUUGCGAGACCGGAGCUGUCAGCCACGUUACUUGUUCUUCUCCAUCUAUCGAUGAAUGUCGUCGACGAGGGGCAUGCCGUUAAUCCAAGUUGUUCAUGCAUCCGGUUCACGUCGACGCACGGCAAGCCGCGCGGCACGUUCAGCAGCCCCGACUACCCGCGGGCCUACCCCCCGCGCGUCGACUGCCUGCUCUACACCUUCGUCGCGGCGCCGCAUCAGAUCGUCGAGUUGGUCUUCACGGAUUUCAAUAUCUACAAGGACCAUCUUGACUGCGUCCGAGGGGACUACCUGAAGGUGUACUGGGAGGUUCAGGGCCCAGGGCCUCCCGGGGCGAUCAGCGAGCGUUCUGCGUGGGCCCGCGAACUCUGCGGCAGCCGAGCCGACGCGCCGCCGGCCCUGUAUUCGCCAGGGCCGUCUCUAGUACUGGAGUUCCACACAGGGCCGAAACAAACUAAUGCUACUGGCUUCGUCGGCACUUACAGUUUUAUCGAUAGACGCCUCUUCGAAACUGAGGGUGUGCACUUGCCGGGAACCGAAUGCGACUACCAGUUCAGCCGGUCCGGCAACCGACCCACUCACGGGAGGUUCUACAGCCCCCGGUACCCGUCCAUCUACCCCAAUAACGUGAGGUGUUCAUACCACUUUCAUGCUAGACCAAAAGAACGCGUGAAAGUUGUUUUCGAAGAAGUAUCCCUGCAAAAAGGCGACAUAAGUUGUCUCCGAAGAGCGGACAUCAUAAAAGUCUUCGAUGGAAGAGACACGAACGCACCUGCCAUAGCCAUGUUGUGUAAUGAACUUACAGGGUACGAGGUACUGUCAACGGGACCAGCUCUCCUGUUGCAGUUCACAGCCAACAGCGCCACCCCUGGCCAGGGCUUCGCGGCCACCUUCCACUUUCAGCCACCUCCUGACUCCACAGCCGCAGAUUCCGACCGCUUACUAAAAUUGAGCUUUGGAAAAGCCUUCGAGUCCUUGGGUCCUGAAGUAAGCGCAACAACGUCAUCUUGUCAUCAAGAAUUCAGCAGUGAUGGCUCAAAGCAUGGCACCCUAACAUCACCACACUACCCUUCGCCGUACCCACCAAAUACACAUUGUCACUACGAGUUCUUCGGAAGAGGAAAAGAGAGAGUACGAUUAAUAUUUCAAGAUUUCUUUUUACACAAAUCAGAAGACGGCUCUGUUGAUUGCGCCAACGUAGAUUCAUUGCAAGCUUUUGUCAAUGUAGACGGAAGGCUUGAGAAAGUGGAGACGUUCUGCGGUAUCAAUCUCCCGAAGCCAAUCAUGUCCAAUGGUCCAAAACUCAUGCUGGAGUUCCGGGGAACUAAGUCGUCAAGACAUGCUAGAGGGUUUAAAAUAUCAUAUUCGUUUGUAGAAAAUUUUGGAAUAACCACAGGGAGACAGCUCAAGGAAUUUCCAUGCGCCUUCGUGUAUAAUAGUAGUGAAUCGCGUAAUGGAACUUUUGCGUCACCGAAUUCCCCGGGACCAUAUCCCCGUGAUACCGAAUGUACAUAUUUCUUCCACGGUGGGGAGACUGAAAAAGUCCAUCUGCACUUUACGAGCUUUGAUGUAGAAGGUGUUCUGCCGUGUGAAGCGGUGUCAGCUAGCGAUUACGUUGAAUUCUCAAAUCAUAUGACUGAAGACAAUAGAUAUGGUAGAUAUUGUGGGCAAAUGAAAGAGUUUCAUGUGGAAUCAGAAAGGAAUUUCUUCAAAGUCACUUUCAAGUCUAAUGACCGGUUAGAUGGAGCCGGCUUCAAAGCUAUCUACCAAUUUUUAGAAGUAACAGAUGAAUAUCGAGCUCCAAUACAAGAUUUGGCUUCGUGCUCUGUAUGUUUACUCGGUCGUUUCCUGAUGCUGGCCACUGUCACAUUAGCGCAGCUCUACCAUCAACUAUAUCAUCAUUAAAUAAUAAAGUGAUAUUAGAUUAAUUGAAUAGUUAAUAAUUCUGUAUAUUUUGUAUAAUAGUAUGUGCCAU